AUGAUAACGAAGGCAGUAGAAGCUAGUGGAACAGUUACUAUUACAACUGUAACCCAGCAACUAUUUCGAACAAAGAUGGAUUUUAAUGAAUGUUUCAUUCAUCCAAAGUCAUUCUCUUUAGACCCUAACAUUUAUACAGAACUUGUAGAACAUUAUACAAACGAGGCUUUAUGUUUUCCUGUUAAAGUUAUGGAUUGGAUUCCUAUGGACGGUUCAUUCUCAAAGAAUACAGAUAGUUCAAGUGCAACAUUUACAGCAGCUUAUACGCCUAUUAAUGUUAAAAGUAUUUGGGCACUAUUUAGAAAGAAAGACAACUAUUAUGUUAAUUUUGAGAACCCUAAGUUUAAAUAUCUUCAGCUUUCCAUGGGAGCUUAUGGAAAUAUGCCUGCAGAACCUGAAAAAUCAUAUGGACCUGUAUUUUAUGAAAUGGUUGCGAACGCUUGCAAUACAAACAAUGAUAUGAUAGGAUUUAAUGAAGAUGUUAUGAGGUCAUUGGUGGAUGAUGGUAGUGUGGAACAUAAAUGGGAUAGCUAUGACAACACACAUUUCUUAUGUGGUUUUCCAACAGAAGUGGACUUUUGCUUCCAGCAAGGUCAAACAUCUACUGCUCCAAUAACAUACAAAUUGUCUGUUAAAGGACCUAUUGAACUAGCAACUGAAAAUGUACCAAAGCCACUUAUUGGAUUUAUGAGGGAUUGUUGCUUUGCCAUUCAGGUGCGUGCUAAUGGAAUCCCCAUAAUAAGAUUAGAUGACUAUAACUUAGCUACGGACGACAGUGAGGAAUAA